GGAAAAUAAUACAAGAUGGCGGAAUGCAAAAAUGGCAGUGACAACAAACAGCCGUCAAAUUCUGACGUAGAAAAUCCCAAAAUAUCCGAGCUGCUGGAUCGUGGCUGGAAGAUAUUAGAAGAGGUGGACAGCACUAACGAAGCACUCGGCUCGAACAGCAUCCAGGUAAAGGUGAAACGCGGCAUCGCGAUGUUAGAAGAAGCGUCCAGGAUGGUGGCGCAGCUCAGCCUGUUCAGCCCUAAUGAGGAGCUGGAGGAGGUAGCCACGGCGGACCUCAAGUACCUGAUGCUGCCUGCUCUCUUAGGAGCUCUGACCAUGAAGCAGACGAGCAGAGAAAAGCGACUGGAAAUCGUCCAGACAGCACGGGCUUAUUUCAUUGACUUCCUGAGGCGAUGUAAAGAGUAUAAUGCAUCACACUUCGAGCUGCCAACAUCCAGGGAGGAAGACACAAAUCAUUCAGACGACUCUUCAGAAAGUGGAACGUCUGUCAAAGUUAAGUCUGUACCCCAGUCUUCAGACCUGGUUGCCAUGGCAGCACAGAGACAAGCCAAGAUUGAGCGGUACCGUCAGAAGAAGGAGCUGGAAACCAGACUGUCAGAUGUACGGAGAGCCAUAGAUAGUGGACAGGCUGAUGAUGAAGUCAGCAGAGAUUUUUAUCUUCUCAAUGUCCGAAGAUGGAUCGCAGUGUGUUUGGAGGAAGUAGAGAGUAUUGACCAGGAGAUGGAGAUUCUGAAGAAGAUGGUUUUUCUGAAGGAUAGUGCACCCAAGCAGCCAGCUCAUCCAGCCAGGCCUCCUAUGAAACCAUUCAUCCUUACCAAGGACGCUGUACAGGCCAGUGUUUUUGGCACUGGUUACCCCAGCCUUCCAACCAUGACCGUAGAUGAAUGGUAUGACCAGCACAGGAAACACGGAGCCCUGCCUGACCAGGGGAUCCCCAGGAAGGUCACUGUGGACAAAGACACGGAUGCAGAGGAGAUGGAAGAAGAGGAAAAAGAGAAAAAUGCUGAGCAGGAUGAUGAGGAGUCUUUGAUGAAAGCCAGAAACUGGGAUGACUGGAAAGACGAUCAUCGCAGAGGUUAUGGAAAUCGCAAGAACAUGGGCUAAUUGAUCCCAGAACCAUCCUGUCUUCUUUUCUUCAGUUAGUCCAGAAGUGGACUCUGCACGAUUGUGAGGGGGAAAUGCUUCACAGUGUUACCUGAACAGCCUGUUGACUUCACUGGUUAUUUCAUUUGCAGGCAAACACAUUUUCAUAAUUAUUCUUUUUUGAGGAGUCGUAAUCUACAGUUGGCUGGACUGAAUAGAACAGUGUUGUGAUGCCUGUGUACUCCCCCUCACAUUGUCAUUCGACAAUAAAGACUUUUAAAACACA